UCAGUAGUACAGAAGCUCAUUUGCACUCAAAUCCAAGAGAACAGGAAAACAGUGUCAAAUAUUUCUGGGGGAAAUUUCCGAGUACAAAUAGGUCAAGUUGAUUUUGUUGAGAGACAAUUGCUGAACUGAAUUGCCUAUAAAUUUCAAGUCUCAAAAUGUCCUACAAUUGCCCGGUUCAUAAUAAGGACUCCAGUGCCUUAACCAUUACCAGGUCCCCAAACUCGGACGACGCCAAGAUCGCCAUGUGCGCCUGCUUGGAGUUGGCCAACUGUCAGGCUGAAAACUGCCAGCUGAAGCAAAAACUGAUCGAGUACCAGGCCAAGAUCUGCAGUCUGGAGCAGCUGGUGUCCACCAUUGCGGAGGAGCAGCACCAGAUCCUCAAAGAAGUGGUCGAGUUGCGCAAAGAGACCCGCGCUGCGCCGAUGGAAACCGAUGGAAACGUGGUGGAACCUUCGGCCAACCCAUCCGUGGUGUAUCAGGACGAUCUCGAGGAUGAGGAUGGAUACAACCCGGAUUCUGAAUCCGAGGACGACGGUAUCCGGUCUCCCGUCCUCUCAACACAUUCUUCGAUGGCUUCGCUGGUUUCUUUGAGUUUCUCAUCCACCAGCUCCUUGGAGCAGAACACAUUUAAUGAUAGUUCAGAUUCUGAAUUCAUUCAAGCUUUUUAUAGCGAAAAUGAGGAGAAUUUGGAAGCCCAUCUCAUUCCAGUCGCAUCUUCUCCGAAAGUUUCGACGCCACAGAGUUACACUUUUGAUUCCGAUGGCGAACUAUAGGCCAACUCGCAUAUGUACAUAUACGUUAAUGCUAAAAUAAAUAGUUCCUUGUGCAUCAUAAAGCAAUAUUGGGAAAUAUCCUCGAAAAA